CCCAUUUUGUCAAGCUUAUGCCCUCUUUUUUCAUUUUCAACUUAUCUUCCAACUGUGUUUGAUAUCUUCCCAUCGUACUCACAUAUAUAUAUAUAUAUAUAUAACCUUCUUUCCACACACGUCUUUGACAAACCAUCCAAUAACCCAUCCUAGCCAAAGCCAUUCAAUUGAAAAGAUCACAACAGUAAAAAAUGAACCAUGUUGAGCAUAUCGCUUAUGACAUGGUCAUGAUCACUCUAUCCAUAUCUCUCAUCGUUCUUGCCAUCAUCCUCUUCCUUGCUUGCAAGAAGAAGCCCGUUGAAUCCGAAGAAACACUUCCCGUGAAGCUUUGUGCUCGUGCAUACCCCUUGAUGGAAAUCGAUGCUGCCACAGAUGGCUUCAACCACAGGAGAAUCAUUGGCCAGGGUCGCUUAGGAACCGUGUAUGCAGGGACACUAGAGCAAGAAGAACAACAACUUGUAGCCGUGAAGCGUAUUCACCCCUUUCUUGUGUUGAGCAAUGCAGGGUUUGGUUUCUCAUCCGUGUUGAAGUGGCUCUCCUUGGCUCAACACCCCAACGUGGUUCCAAUCACAGGGUUCUCAGAAGCACCCGGUGAGAGAGUUGUUUUGAUGGAGUUUGUGCACAUGGCAAGCUUGGACUUCUACUUGCACCAAAACCAAGAUGGGGCUUCGCUUUUGGAUUGGAACAAGAGGUUCAGGAUUGCUGCUGGAGCAGCUAGAGGGCUUCAAUACCUGCAUGAAGUGGUGGCACCAAACAUAGUACAUGGAUGUGUUAAGUCCUCUAAUAUUCUAAUUGAUGUUAACUUUUGUGCUAGGAUUUGUGAUUAUGGGCUUAACUUUUUGGCACCUGUGGAAAAGAGGGGGACAGUGGGGUAUGUGGAUGAUGAGUAUUGGAGUGAAAGAAGGGGUGGUGGUGUAGCUACCAAGGAAAGUGAUGUUUAUGGGUUAGGGGUGGUUUUGUUGGAGCUUUUAAGUGGGAAAGGGUGUGAGGGAGGAAUGUUGGUGAAGUGGGCUUUGCCUUUGAUAAGGGAAACGAGUUUUAGUGAACUUUUGGAUCCUAGGUUGGUGAUUCCUUCUGACAUGAAGCCUUUGGUUAGAUUAGCCAAAGUUGCUUCAGCAUGUGUUGGUAAUUCACGCAAAUGUAGGCCUUCGAUGGCUCAAGUGGCAACCAUUUUGAACAACUUAGAAACGGAAGUGUGUCUCUGAUCUUCAUGAUGAUGCAGUCAAAAGUCAAUUUGAUUGAACAAAUUGCCUUCCAAUUUUGUACCAAAAAAAUGGGGUCUGACCAAUUACCAAUAAUUGGUAUAAAAAAGGCAUGUGUUCUAGUCAGAAAAAAAAACUUGGUCUUAUGACUCUUAUCAUAUGAUUAGUUACCAAAUUGAUUGAAAUGAAGAUCGAGGACAAUAUUAGUGAGGUAAGUUAGGUGAGAUUGACAUUCAUCGGAUGGCAGUAAUUGGUAAGAAAAUUGGUGGGUUUUUGAUGAGGGAGGGGCCUUAUGGCUUAUCCCCUAUGUUGUGACAGGCUAAGGAGUCAGAGAAUCAUUUUUGGUGGGGAAUUUUGAAAGAGAAAGGUGGGACGGUGCCGUUGUCGUUAGGACGGUGAAUAUUAAUCUCUGGUUCCGUGUGGCAUGGGGAUCCUUUUGCUAAUGAAAGUGACCUUCUCAAUUAUCUCUUUCAUUUUUAUUUUUCAAUCUUAGUUUCCAUCAGCUUUUAAUGUGUGUAUAUGUAGUUAGUUAUGUACCUAUUUUUUCCAGCUUGUGAUUACUUAGCCAUACAGAGUUUUAGAUUUUGAGAACUUAAUGUCGUUUUUAAGUUUAUAGAAAGCUUUAUAACAGCCCUUAUAAAAAAAAUUACAACAA